CGGUGUGUGAUAUCCAGAGGUUCGUAUUUUUCAAUGCGUCGGCCAGCAGCGGACCUCAGCGAUGAUGAGGGCGGGUACGACAAGAAGACCUCCACAGAUUACGUGCAAGGUGGUGACGAAAAGCACGGGAAUGCUGCCGCGCAUCCGUCAAAAUGCCGCAUGAUUGAUCGAUCCGCUGGGUCGAACCAUUCACUCGGCACAUGGAACAUUCGCCGCCUUCGCGCGUCUGACGCGUACAAGCGGUACCUGUCUGCGCCGUUCCACACGUUGGUCAACAUGAGCGUGUACAAAGUGGUGAUCGGUCUCUCGCUUGUCUACUUGACUGUCAUCGCCGUCUUCGGGCUGCUCUACCUCAGCAUCGACAGCUCGUGCAACUUGGCCAUCGCCACGUUCCCCCAAGGGUUCAUCUUUUCCGUCAGUGUGUUGUUUACGAUCGGGUUUGGUGUGGGUGGCAACGACGUGUUCUUCAACAGCUGCGGCAGUGCCAUCACCCUCAUCACGGCCCAGACGAUCGUGGGAGUGUUCCUCGAUGCGAUGGCGUUUGGUAUCUUUUACCAGCGCUUUGCCCGCGGCCAAUCCCGCGCCAACACCAUCCGCGUGUCGGCCUUUGCUUGCGUCCAAAAGAUCCGCGGCCACCUCUACUUUACGUUUCAAACGUGCGAAAUGCGCAAGCACCAGCUGUCGGAAGCACACGUGCGAUGCUAUGCCGUGCUGCACAAGUCGGUGCAUUUUCCCCAUCAAGUGCACCAUAUGCAAGCGUACCCGAUGCGGCUGCAGCAGCCGGAUGACGACUUGAACGGAUGGCUGAUCUUGGCCUUGCCCACCAUCUGCGUGCAUCGGCUGGACGCGUGGAGUCCGCUGGCGCCGCCGCCGCUCGACCCAGAACCCACGCACAACCCCGCAACCCAAGCACUGUUCCCAGAACCGCCGCAACGUGCGGUGGACAUUGAGUCUGGCACCCGCGAAAACAAGUACCGCGUUGACAAGCCCGCGCUCUUCAACUCGGCGACCACGAACGUCUUGACGCCCGUGACCAAAGCCGACAUCGACCGGCUCUUGCGCUUCUGGAGCGACACGGAAAUGGAAGUGGUGGUGGUCGUCGAAGGGGUCGACGCGGCCACGUCCUCCACGACCCAGAUGCGGCACUCGUUUAAGGCGCACGACGUCGUGUUCAACGAACAGUUUGUCAACUGUGUGUUCAUCGACAACGAGACCGGGGGCGCCAUCAUCGACUUUAAGCACUUUGAUCGGACCACCCCACUCGACUUUGCGGCGAUUCCCGUCACUACGCCGCGUGAAGCUGUGUAACGUGUCGUGCAAGGACUCGUAAUACAUACACAUUACAUUGGUUUUCAUGCAUAGUAAUAAUACCUUCGAUU